AUGACCCUGAUGGAACGUCGACACCUGCUCUACAACUCUCACUCAUGUCAGUUGUUUCUAUAUCGUGAAGAAAUUCGCAAACUAGUCCCUCAUUUGGCUAUGGCGUUACAAAUCCCGACAUGGCUGGACACAUUUCACGUACAAAAGGUUUUGCGGAAAUUUCAAAACAACGAAUCCACCGAGAUAUCUGGUAUAAGUAUUACCUCAGCGGCGGCUAAAGGGGAUAAUUAUGCGAGUGAAAUAUAUCGUGUCGCCGUGGACUUGCAGCGUCUUCAAGAGGAUCGUAAAAUUCAAGAGAAAAUACCUUUGAUAGUAAAAAUGGCACUUCAACAUGGAAUUUUGAAGGAAAUGAUAGCUGAUGUUGGAUUCUUUGAAACGGAAUUAUCAAUGAUUUCGGUUGUAUUGCCACGCAUAAAGAAAAUCCUUGCGGCAUUAACUACGGCGCAAAUAGCACCCUAUUGUCUGUACACUCAGUAUGAGGAACCGGUUCACAUAUUCAUGGAGGACUUGGUAUGUAAAGGCUUUCGAAUGGCUGUUCGCCAAAAAGGCAUGGAUCUGAAUCAUAGUUUGCUUGCCAUGCAGAGUCUCGCUUUAUUUCACGCCAGUUCAGUUGCCCUCAGAGGAAAGUAUGGGGCUGCUAGAUGUGUGAAAACUUCAUUAACGCUUGAAUUCUCUCUGAUACUGAUUAUUGGGCGUUUGGGAUUAUGA